AUGGAGCAGGAGGGGAUACUGACAACGCUGGAAGAUCUCCCAGAGGACGUGCAAUGGAGGAUACUGAAGGCAGCUGUCCAAUGCGCUCCAUUGAAGGUGGCGGGCAUCAGGGCGUCUUGGCUUCGCAGUAUCAGGGCGGUGAACAGAAACUGGCGGCAAUUCUGCCAAGCCUACGUCACGACCCUCCACGUGGCAUGGAGGAAGACGAGAACGGGUCCCGCCGACUUUCUUGCAGGAGUCGUGCAGCGCCAACCCAAGCUGGAGACCUUGAGAGUGACUCUCGGGCCAGCCAAAUGGACGCAAACAGUGGCGACAAUCUGGAAGGAUGUUAUACCCCUCGUCGAGUGGAGAAAAGUGAGCAUCCGAGGCAUCCCCCGGAAGCAAACGCGUCACUCGAUUUCGGACAGCGUGACGACAGCUGCCAACAUGGAGAGGAUCCAAAGCUCGAUUGGCGGUCUGCUUUUGUCCACUCGACUCACGGCCUCCAAACUCGUGGACCUGACUGUCGUUGGUUUUGUAGGCCAAGACAGAAUGGAUUUUGCAGCAGACAUGGCUCAGAUCGUCGACCACGCUCCUUGCCUCAAGAAGCUUCAUAUCGAUGACCAGGCUCUGGAUCUGAACCACUUUCUGAAGACGGUCAGACCGUCAGAACGGCUGGAGCAACUACGGAUCGAUUUCGCUUGGGUCUGGUGUCCGAAAGAGCUCCAAGCACGGCGUGAGGCCCUUGACAUGCUGGGGAAAUUUGUAAAGCUCACCUCCCUGACGGUUCAAACCUGGGAGAGCCGCGCAGAACUGAUCUCGUGGGGCGGGUGGACAGCGUUUCGUCACGGUACACGUAGUCCGGGGUACAACUGGAACUUUCUAGCACGGCUUUCCGAUCUAGAGGACUUCGUCUACGGACACAGAGGAUCAGAUCAGAAGCUAAUCGAGAUCUAG